AUGUCCAGUUGCACAGGUGGCACACUCUGCUUCGCCGCGCACCCAGCCGACACCCUCCUCUACCAGAACCCGGAUCUCUUCCACGACCUGUACGUCUACAAAUGCGUCAUCACCGUCCUCUUCACGUCUGGCGACCGCGGCCUUGGGGCCAACCAAUCUCACUCUCUGGAACAAGGCGUUGAAGCCGCGUACUCGUGGAUGACCGGUGCAGAGAUGGGGAACCAGACAUGGUUGGCGAACACAGUCCGAGUCGGCGACGCGGAUGUGCGGGUGAGCAAGCAUCACGAGGCAGACAAUAUGCAGAUUGUUUAUCUGCGCCUGCCGGAUGGUGGGCCCGCUGGCUCCGGGUAUGGUGUGCAUGAGGGCGAGUCACUGAGGAAGUUGUACGAGGGCGAUAUCAAGAGGAUCACGACUACGGACGGGAACACGACGUACACGCUCGAUUCACUCAAGGAUCUGCUCGCGGGGAUAUUGAGGGAGAGUGGUGCCACCGAGGUUCGUGUGCUGGACGAUAAGACUGGGGUGCCGGAUGAGGAGGAUAGGAGGGAUGACCAUGCGGAUCAUGCUGUGAGUGCUAGGCUGAUGGUGGACGUCAUGAAGCGGGAGAACAGCAGCGCGAAGCUUCGAGGGUACGCGGGCGGCUUUGCACGCAAGUUCGAUCCGAACCUCAAUGAGACGAGUCUCGAUUUCAAGAGGAAGGUCGCUGCGUUUCUGAAGUACGCCGAGUACGAUCCACACGUGUGCAAGACCUACACAGAGUGCCUGGACAAUCUCGAAGACGAUGCACAGGACAAGCUGUUCCCAGAUCAUGAUGUUCUGUACGUUGCUGAGGCGUUGCAGCGGGAGUACUACGUCUCCUGACCGUCACAUUCACAUGCUUUGGCAAAGAAAAGUAUGCAGUAGUUGAAAUGUUGAUGCGGCAGAAAGGGCUGUCAGCAAACGCAGGUGCCAG